AUGGUAGCGGAGCUCUCCUCCGGGGGAGCGAUGAUGCUACAGGGGUUGGCAUGGCGGCUGACGGCUGCGCUGCUGAUGGCGCUGACGUUGGAGCCGACCUAUGAGAUAAAGGAGCACCUCAUGAUGGAAGGCAAUCAGUGCCUCCUGAUGCACUUCCCCACGUUUGAGAUGAGCUGUGGUGACUCCAGAGGCAACAAUUCGAGAACUCUGGACUUGGAUGCAGGGAUGUACCAACUUGCCAUCGGCAGUUGGACUUCUCAAGCUGCCGAAACGUGGUGGUGGAGUAGCGAAAACCUGGUUCAAGUCCAUGGUGGAGAGCGUUGGAUGGUUCAAGUCCCUCCAGAAGAAAAACGAGAUAGCUUUGCAAUCAGCGCAUGCGAUGUUUCAGUUUCACCAGUGGUUCGAGGCCCUGUGACAAAAGAUGCAGAGAUGGAAUUGCAUCUGACUUUGAAGGAGUUUGGAGGUGCGUGCAUGGAAACAGCUGAAUUAGCAGCUGAAUGGAUGAGAACAACCUCAUGUGGCAAUCAAUGCUCUGGUGACAUGGCUGUGAUGAACGUGUCACCCUAUGAGAUUGGGUAUAUGCAGACAGAGCCCAAUACCGAGGUCUAUGCUGGUGGUGGUAUGGCGAUGAUGAACAUGCCCUACUUUGUGCAGUUUGUGAACGUUUUGGACAAGCUCGACGAGAUCUUUGAGAAGAUGUUCCUCUACGUGGAGAACUAUGACAUCAAGCUGGAGUUCACAUCAUGGAUGGAUUUCUUUGUCCUGAUCCUGAAGCAGCUCUACGGAAUGGACAUUGUCAUCCUUGACAGCGGUUCAGAUGUGUCUCUUUUACCAUUGGCCUAUGGAGAAUGUGGUAGCAGCACGACCCAUUUGCAGGAUGUUCAACUUCGAGAUUGCCAAGGUACCAAGUUGAAGGUAACUGGAUUUCGUGCUGUGUCCUUAGUGGUGAAAGACAAUGAGAACGAAGAGAUGGAUGGUGCAAUGGAGGCGCCAGUCAACUACAUCAGAGCCAUUGUGGAGCUGGAGGACAAGUUUCGUCCUGAUGCCAUUCGAAUGAAUCAUUGGCAGGUUGCAGGUGGCUAUCCUUUUAUGAGGUCAAUUGGAACUCACUUCAUUGACCCAAGACCAACAUGGGCUGGCAAUUUUGGUUACAGAACCACAUUGGUUCAGCGUCGAUCUCUGGCUGAAGAAGACCAUGGAUGGAAUGUGGCAGAGGUUAGUAGAAAAUAUCUUGAGUUGGAAGAUGCUUUUGGGCCGAUUCCUGAUUUGGAGAGUUUUGCUCAAGGAGAAGACGUAGUGAUCCUCACGAUCCUCUCAGAACGUGAUGAAGUUUUGGCUUCUUUUGGUGGAUUGUUGGAUGCAGGUGGCUAUGACUUGGAAGAGCCCUAUGAACCUGAAUCUCCUUACCGAGGACUUCCUGGACAAGAUGAUCUCCCUCCUGAAGGCCUGGAAAUUCAACCCGUUCUUGACGAAGGGCGAGAUGAUGUUGUUGGAAGAGAGAUUCCAGAAUUUCAAGAGCUUGCCCCGGCCUUGAGGGAGGACGCUGAAGCAGACACUAUUGUGGUGAAUGAUGUGCAGCUUACGGCUGACAGCUCUGUUGAAGCUUUGAGAACUGCUGGCAGAUUCUUGGGUAUCUCCACGGCUGGUUCCAAGAGAAAGAUUUUUGAGCGCAUCAAGUCCCAUCACAUUUCUUCACUCAGACUUCGAGCCUUGGAGAUUGCACGUGGUGAGUAUGAAGCUAUGCAGCCUCACCCGAGAUACCGUGAUGCCCCUGCACAACCUUCCAUGCGAGAAAGGAAACUUCAUGAGGUGACACACCUCCCCUUCAAACCAUGGUGCAGUGUUUGCGUUCAAGGCAAGAGCAGAUCUGAUCACCAACGACCUACUCCUCCUGAUGAGAUGUCCCAGAGGACUUAUCCCACGGUGCAGUGUGAUUUUUAUUUCAUUUCAGGGAAUUUGAACGUGCUGAUCAUGGUGGAUUAUUGGACCAAGUACGUGGCCGUGGAACCUCUGAGAAACAAGUUGCAGUCUGUGGUUGGUGGGGUGGUAGCUCGUUUCCUUGGUGAAUUGGGUUAUUUUGAUCGUGUGGAGUUGUGCUAUGACAACGAGCCAGUACUUGCAGCUGGAAUGAGAGUGGCGCAGACAAUCAGGAGCGCACAGGGGUUGGAGACCAUCUUACAACCCAACAAGAUGUAUCACAAGGGCAGAACAGCUUUGGCAGAGAGGUCAAUCCAGUCUCUACGGUCGCAAGGAAAAUGCCUCAUGAUUCACGUGGAAAACAAGACCAAGGUGGCCUAUCCAACUGAUCACCCGCUGAGGGCAUGGGCAGUACUUCAUGCUGCAUGGCUCCUCAACCGAUUCCAUGUAUCUUCCACAACAGGUACAACUUCUUUUAUGAGUUUGAGGGGACGCCCAUACAAAGGUAAAAUUUGUGCCUUUUGCGAAGAAGUUUUUGCACUGGACUCUUUGCAGGCAAAGUACUCUACUCAGUGGCGUCGUGGCAUUUGGCUUGGAAAAGGUGCAACAGAUAUGGACCUGGUGGCAGUAUCUCCCACAGAGAUCAUCAGGAGCCGUGCCAUUCGAAAAGUGGCAGAGCAUUGGAAUGCUGAGUUGACGCUGGCUUUGGAGGAGAAUCCAAGGGAAGACUUGGAUGAAGAUGUUGAACCAGUAGAGAUGUCAGAGGAAGGUGGGGCUUCAGGCAAUCCUCCCAUAGUUCAAGCUGAAGAUCAAGCCAUGUUUGAAGCUGAAGUUCAAGGACGAGACAAGCGUGCAGCAGGUGAGACCAGGCUGCCUAUUCCUGUGAGACAGCGAGUUGCAGAAGCUGAAGCAGAAGCUUCCAAACGAGCCCAACAUGCAGGAGAAGAAGGACAAGCCAAGUUUGUGAGAUUUGAUCCUGAUGCUCCAGUGGUUGAACCAAGUCCCAAGCAGCAGAAAACAUCUCUUUACAGUCCUGUCUAUGCUGGCGAUCUACCUGGAAGCCCUGGUGCCUCUUCUACGUCCAGACAUGUGAGACGCGUGGUUGAAGAGUUGGAGUUGUAUGAUGAGGAUGAGUUGGAGGUCAAGGCAAUGGAUGAGCCAUGGGAUUGGGAACAGUGUGAAUCCCAAUGGGACUUCAUGGACAAUGAAGUGCUGAUCUCAGAUGAAGGGAUGCGUAAGCGUGGAUUCUACAAUGAAGGUGCUGGACCGCCUACAGUGUCAGAUCAAGAGCUUGCAGGUUUGGAUCAAGCGGCAAUGAAAGAUGAAUUGGAAAGAUUGAGAAAGUUGGAUGUGAUUGAAGAUGCAGGAGAUGACCUUUUGGUGGAGGAAGGCAAAAUGGAAGAGCUCAGAAAAUAUCAGGAAGUUUGGAAAACCAUCAAAGACGUGGCACAAUUGAAACGUGGCGAAGAUCCUUUCUGUGAUGAAUGUGGCGAUGUAGAACAAGAACAUGGAGAAGAAGGUGAAGAAGAAUGUGGUGAUGCAGAUGAGACUGUGUCAGAUGAGGAAAAUCCCAGUGUCACACCUUUUGGAGACAUUGACCGCAGUGAGGAAACCAGCAUACUUCGUCUACGACGAGUGUGUCAUGAUGACCCACGGCAUGGUGCAGCUGAUGAUGCAGCUGAUGGCGAUGUACCAGAACAAGCCAGCAACGCAUGCAGCCGUCAGCUGCAAGGGACCAUUGGUGCACAGGGCCAAAAUGCCCAGCGGGAACAAAAAUUACCCGCUGGCUGCAGCCUCAGGGGUACUCCAGGUGAAGAUCCCUGGGAAGGUAUGGAGCAUCUGGCGACGGAAGAUUGGGUGGCAUUCCACGACGAACACAUCAAUAUGGUGCACAAGAAGUUCGAACUUCGUCGCGCUCUAAAAACCCGCGUUCCGUCCUGGAGAUUCUUGUCUGUUCGUUCGGACGCUCCGGCCACGGAAAAUUGGUUGCCGUUGGUUGUUGGCACUUUCUACCAUACGUGUAGAUUGCCUUUGCUUUGUGCGGCGCUCCCUCCGCGACUUGCCGAAGAGAAAGAGACCGUGCUUGACGCAGGUCUCGAAGACACCGAACAGCUUCAGUGCAACUCCAUGGUAGCAGCAGAUCUGCUGCGGGGCAAGUUGCGGGCACGAAAAAAACACCUCCGUUCGCCCAGAAGCAAACCGGUGCGGAGGCGGAAAAAAAUCCAGGAGCCAAGGAUGGUGGAUCAAAGAACCUUUGAGAAUCAGUACCUGAAGCUGUUCCUUGUUGACAAGGGCUACUGCUAUGCGGCUGGCAUGGCCAAGCUGGGUGACGGCAACUUCUUUGCCAGUGCUGCCCUUGAGGCUGGAUGGAAUUUCAUCUACAAGCAUGACCAUGAAGAGAUGAUCAUGCAGGAAGACAUGUCAGGAAGGGAGAUGCUGGUUUCGGAGGCCGCGACGUUGCAAUUUGUGGCUGAGAACUUGAAAGCUCCCCCGGAAGGAUUGUGGCUGGGUGGCCAGAAAUACAUCAUCGUCAAAACGGACGAUGAGUACAAGGUCAAUGAUCAAACGUUGAAAUGCAUUUUCGCUGCCGCUCCAAAGAAGGGUGUCAGCAUAGUGACACAGACCAAGAUUUGUGGUUUUCAUGAUGAAGAGCAGGGCCAAGCAGCCGGUACCUGCCUCAAGGCACUGACCGAAAAAGCUUUGCACAUGGCACUCGGCUUUUGA